AUGACAAGCAUCAGCCCGCCCACGACCACCCACAGCUUCUCAUCCGCCACCACCGCAACACCCAACAGGAUCAGCUACUACGAGCCCACUGACGCAGAGACGCCCGCCGAGGAGCGCUUCGUCAACCCGACGUCGGGCCGCAAGCUGCGCAACACGUCCUUUUAUGGGCGGCACAGCAACGACUGGCUGUUCGGCUCCGUCGAGGUGAAGAAGUCCAUCCGCAACUUCUUCUCCCGCAAGCACAGGAAGCCGGCGUACUAA